AUGAAUAUCGAGUUCCAUUCUGUCAUCCCCAUCCUCCGCAUCUUCGACAUCGCCAAGGCCGACGAGUUCUACCUCGACUACCUCGGCUUCCGCGUCGACUGGGACCACCGCUUCGACGAAAAGGCCCCGCUGUACCGGCAGAUCUCCAGGGGCGGGCUGCGGCUGCACCUGAGCGAGCACCACGGCGACGGCAGCCCCGGGGUGCAGGUCCGGGUCAUGAUGGGCGGCCUCACCGAGUACCACGCCGAGCUGGCCGCCACGGAGUACCGCUACAUGAGGCCCGGCAUCGAGGAGGGGCCGGCGCCGGGGAGUCGGGAGAUGGGCGUCAUCGAUCCGUUUGGGAACCAAAUCAAGUUUUGCCAGGAUGACGGAGACGAGAGCUAG